AUCCCUUCAUAUUGCAUUUUUCUUCUUCUGCCCUUGUGCAUUACAUUCAUCCCUCUUUCUCUUUUUUAAAAUAAGUUCUUGAAAUUCUACAAUAAUGGAGGCAAUGAAAAUGAACAUUUUCAUGGUGGCUCUUAUUAUGGUUUUGGUGGCAAUGUCUGGUAUCCAAAAUGUGGCUGCAAUGGAGGCCCCUGCACCUGCUCCUGCUUCUGAUUCCUCCAUUUUUGUACCCACCAUUUUUGCUUCUCUCUUAGCUCUUGCCUUUGGUCUUUUCUUUUAAAUAGUGACCUCUGCUGCUGCUGCUGCUUCUCCUAUGGAGAUAUUGAGUAUAGUUUUUUAGUUUUGUUGGUUUUAUUUUUCCCAUUUGGGAUUUAUGUAGUUUUUUUUUUUUUUUUUUUUUUAUUAUUACUCAAUCUUCUUUCUUCUUCUUUUUAGAUCAUUUAAGAUGAGGAAGAGAUUGAGGUUCAUUUUAUUUGUCCCUUUUAUUAAAUUAUGUUGACGUUUCCUUGGCUUAUUGUUGCCGUGGACCUAUUAAACUAUGUUGUGGACAUUCUUUAGAGUUACUAUUAUAUGCAGAAUUUGUGUAUUUUUUUACA